AUGGAAGAGAAAAGUAAGGACCACCGGGCUCUGCUCAACCAAGGAGAGGAGAAUGAACUGGAGGUGUUUGGUUACCGGACGCAGAAUCUACGUAGAGCUCUCUGCCUUAUAACAUCCAUGCUGACCUGUGGGGUUCUUCUGGUGGUGUUCUACUGGAAGCCCCAGUGGAGGGUGUGGGCCAACUGCAUCCCAUGUUCUUUACAAGAAGCAGACACUGUUUUGCUAAAAACAACGGAUGAAUUUCAAAGAUAUAUGAGGAAGAAGGUUAUAUGCCUCUACUUAUCCACACUGAAGUUUCCUAUAAGCAAGAACCCAGAAGAACCCCUCGUGGCUGACCGUCACUCUGUCAUCAACCAAGCCGUAUUGAAGCCAGAAUUAAAACUGCGAUGUAUCCAAGUACAGAAAAUCAGGUAUGUUUGGGACUACUUGGAGAAGAAGUUUCAGAAAGUCGGGCUACUGGAAGACAGCAACUCCUGCCACGACAUCCACCACACGUUUGGAUUGGGCCUGACCAGUGAAGAACAAGAGGUCAGAAGAUUAGUGUGCGGGCCCAAUGCCAUUGAGGUAGAAAUCCAGCCCGUAUGGAAGCUGCUUGUUAAACAGGUUUUAAAUCCAUUCUACAUGUUCCAAGCCUUUACCCUAACUUUGUGGCUGUCUCAAGGUUACAUGGAAUACUCUGUGGCCAUCAUCAUCUUGUCUAUUAUCUCCAUUGUUUUAAGUGUGUAUGAUUUGCGACAGCAAUCAGUUAAGCUGCACAACCUUGUGGAGGAUCACAACAAAGUGCGAGUUACAGUCAUGGUCAAGGGCACAGGUUUGCAGGAGGUGGAAUCCCGUCUCUUGGUUCCUGGAGAUACUCUUAUUCUUCCAGGAAAGCUUUCAUUGCCCUGUGAUGCUAUUCUGAUGGAUGGAAGCUGUGUGGUGAAUGAAGGCAUGCUCACAGGAGAAAGUAUACCUGUCACAAAGGCACCAUUGCCCCAUGUGGACAACACUGUGGCCUGGAAAUCCCACAGCUUGGAAGAUUAUCGGAAACAUGUCCUUUUCUGCGGGACAGAAGUUAUCCAAGUCAAGCCGUCUGGUCAGGGGCCAGUGAGAGCAGUUGUCUUGCAAACAGGUUACAAUACCGCCAAAGGGGACUUGGUAAGAUCCAUCCUCUACCCUCGGCCUCUGAACUUCAAACUAUACAAUGAUGCCUUCAAGUUUAUAGUGUUCCUGGCCUGCCUUGGAGUUGUGGGUUUCUUCUAUGCCCUUGGUGUAUAUCUGUACCAUGGAGUUUCUUCAAGAGAUACUACAACCAUGGCCCUGCUUCUCUUCACCUCAACUGUCCCUCCUGUGCUGCCAGCGGCCCUGACCACAGGCAUCGUGUAUGCACAGAAGAGGCUGAAGAAGAAGAAAAUCUUCUGUGUCUCCCCACAGAGAAUCAAUAUGUGUGGGCAGAUAAACCUUGUGUGCUUUGACAAAACUGGCACUCUUACAGAAGAUGGGCUGGACCUCUGGGGGACUGUCCCGACUGCUGACAACUGUUUUCAGGAAGUCCAUAGCUUUGCCUCAGGCAGGGCUUUGCCAUGGAGCCCGCUGUGCGCCGCCAUGGCCAGCUGCCAUUCUCUGAUCCUUCUCAAUGGGACCAUCCAGGGAGACCCACUGGACCUCAAAAUGUUUGAGGGCACUGCCUGGAUAAUGGAAGAUUGCAAUGCAGACUACUGCAAAUUUGGGAUGUCAGAUUCAAACAUCAUAAUAAAACCAGGACCAAAAGCCAGUUGGAGUCCCGUGGAAGCUAUAGCCAUCUUGCGCCAGUUUCCGUUUUCCUCAAGUCUGCAGAGGAUGUCUGUGGUCGCUCAGGUGGCAGGGGAGGACCAUUUCCAUGUGUACAUGAAGGGUGCCCCGGAGAUGCUGGCCACGUUCUGCAAGUCUGAAACAGUACCCAAGGAUUUCCCGCAGAAACUGAGGAAUUAUACAGUACAAGGCUUCCGUGUCAUUGCCCUUGCCCAUAAAGACUUGAAGAUGGAGAAGCUUUCAGAAGUACAGAAUUUAGCCCGAGAGAAGGCAGAGUCAGAGUUGACAUUUCUGGGACUUCUCAUAAUGGAGAAUCGCUUGAAAAAGGAAACGAAACCAGUCUUGAAGGAAUUGAGUGAAGCCCGCAUCAGGACGGUGAUGAUUACUGGUGACAACCUUCAAACAGCCAUUACUGUGGCAAAGAAUUCUGAAAUGAUUCCUAGAGGAAGCCAAGUGAUCCUUGUUGAAGCCAAUGAACCAGAAGAUUUUGUUCCUGCCUCUGUGACUUGGCAGCUGGUCGAGAACCAAGAGAAUGGAGUGGGAAGGAAUGAAACCUACCUUAGCAUUGGGAACAGUUCAGUGCCUGAUGGAGCAAGAGGGAGCUGUUACCAUUUUGCAAUGAGUGGGAAAUCAUACCAAGUGAUAUUUCAACAUUUCAACAGCUUGCUUCCCAAAAUUCUGCUGAAUGGAACCAUUUUUGCAAGAAUGUCUCCUGGACAGAAAUCUAGUCUUGUUGAAGAAUUUCAGAAAUUAAAUUACUAUGUGGCCAUGUGUGGAGAUGGGGCUAAUGACUGUGGGGCUUUGAAAAUGGCUCACGCGGGCAUCUCGCUGUCAGAGCAGGAGGCGUCUGUGGCCUCCCAUUUCACCUCGAAAACAGCCAACAUCAAGUGCGUGCCUCAGCUCAUCAAAGAAGGCCGAGCCGCUCUGGUUUCAUCCUUUGGGGUAUUUAAAUACUUGACCAUGUAUGGCAUCAUCCAGUUUAUUGGUACAUCACUGCUCUAUUGGCAACUACAGCUCUUUGGGAAUUACCAGUAUCUCAUGCAAGAUGUAGCCAUUACCUUGAUGGUCUGUUUAACAAUGAGUUCAACUCAUGCCUACCCAAAGCUGGCUCCUUACCGACCAGCAGGACAGCUCCUCUCUCCCCCAUUGCUGCUCUCAGUCUUUUUAAACACCUGUUUCACCUGCAUUGUGCAAAUCUGUGCAUUUCUCUAUGUGAAGCAGCAGCCCUGGUAUUGUGAGGUCUACAGAUACAGUACGUGCUUUCUGGACAAUCACAGGAAUUUCUCGACGAAUGUGAGUUUGGAGAGAAAUGGGACUGGAAAUGCCACUCUGACUCCUGGUUCAGUUUUAAGUUUUGAGAGUACCACACUGUGGCCCAUCGCCACCAUCAACUGCAUCACGGUGGCAUUUAUCUUUUCUAAGGGAAAGCCAUUUCGAAAACCCGUCUACACAAACUAUAUAUUUUCAUUUCUGCUGAUGUCUGCCUUGGGCCUCACAGUUUUCAUUCUGUUUUCUGACUUUCAAGACAUAUACCAUGGAAUGGAGCUCAUCCCAACCCUGACAUCAUGGAGGGUUUCAAUUUUAGUGGUAGUCCUCAUCCAGUUCUGUGUGGCCUUCUUUGUAGAGGAUGUCAUCCUUCAAAACCGAAAACUCUGGCUAUGGAUCAAAAAAGAAUUUGGAUUCUCUUCUAAAAGUCAAUAUAGGACCUGGCAAAAAAAGCUGGCAGAAGACUCCACCUGGCCUCCCACACACAGAACAGAUUAUUCAGGUGAUGGUGAAAAUGGAUUCUGCCUCAACCUCGGCUAUGAGGACACCGAACGGAUUCCAAGAGCAAGACUCAAAUGGAGAGGCCAAACCACAGAACAGCAUUUUUGGACGAGGCUGUAAUCAGAAUCGUUGUCGUAUAUGCUUCACGGCAUCUCCUUGUUCCCUGAAACUAAGCCACCGUGGAGAAGUGAUGAUAGUCUAUCCUUAUCUUUUCUCUAUCAGAGGAGUCAAAGUGCAUUUCUCAAUGUACUUAACCUUGCAAAAGAGAACCUUAUAUAUCCUUAUUUGGACUGUAUCCUCUGCUAUUGAGGAAAAAAAAUGCACUUCCUGGAUUACCUUUUUUUUUUUCCUAAUAAACUAUUCACACUGCAUAGCAUUAUCCUGGCUAAAAUGCACAAGUUUCCAUGGUAGUGAAAUUAGGAGUAUGAACAUAGGUAGAAUAAAGGAAAAUUGAAGAAGAGUUUGAUGU